GAACAGCUGGCCCGCCCCCUCUGCCAUCGCGAGCCGCCCUUGCCCUGCAAGGAGUACGGCUGCAGACCUCGGUGUUUACCCAGUUUCCUCCAUUGCUACUUUCAAGGCAUCUUCCAGUUUUGGGGGGACAUAUGCUAAUUGCAAGACCCUAAUCUCCUCCUCACCCUGCCCCAAAGUCACACACUCCUACCCUCCAGAAAGAAGGCAGUGGUGGAGUUUCUGUGUGGGAGGCCAAGCUGUUGUGGAGCUCAAGGAUGGAGGAGCAAGACUCAGCUGGGCCUGAGGAGGGAGAAGGUCCCCGCAUCAUCCAGAUUGGGAGCGGUGGGGCCGUCUGGGGGGACCUGCCGCAGAAGUGCUUCCGGGAGUUGUGCUACCAGGAAGCUGAGGGUCCGAGAGAGAUCUGCGGCCAGCUCCGCUCACUGUGCUAUCAGUGGCUGAAGCCAGAAAGGAAUACAAAAGCCCAGAUAAUUGACCUGGUGGUCCUGGAGCAGUUCCUGGCUGUCCUCCCCCCGGAGAUGGAGAGCUGGGUCAGGGAGUGUGGAGCAGAGACCAGUUCCCAGGCGGUGGCCCUGGCAGAAGGUUUCCUCCUGAGCCAGGCAGAGGACAGAAAGCAGGAAGACACGCAGCUGCAGGGGUUGCUAGCCAAAGGGGCCACAGAUUUCCCAGGGACCAAGGAGCAUCCGCCGGAGACCGCACAGAGACUGCUCUUCAGGUGGAUCAAGCAGGAGGGAGACGGAGGGCCCCCCUCCCUGGAAAGUGCAACCGUUCUCAGAGACGGGGAGACGGCGCUGGGGGUUCCUCCUCUGACGCCUUCUCUUUGCAGCUGGCUGGAAGUGGCUCCUGUGUUACCAGGACAGGGUCCGGCACCCUUGGAGAAGAUGUCCGUUCAUUUCAUGGGGGAGGAGAGGACUCUUCCAGAACCAGGCCAGGCGUCUCUGCACAGGGGAUCCGUGGAGGAGAACACUGGGAAUCUGGUCUCUCUGGGUAACGGGCAAGAGGACCGCCAAGAGUGCAAAGGGCAGAGAAGGGCAGCCGAAGAGAAGCAGAAGUGGGGGGCCAAAGCCUUUGCGUUCGAAGGGGGCGAGGCGGAUGAGACCCCGAUCCUGGAGGGAUCCUGUCCUGAAGGGAAGCGCCGCUACGUCCACAGCAGAGAGAAGCCCUUGAAAUGCUCCGAGUGCGGAAAGAGCUUCAACCACCAGGUCCACCUCCUCAAGCACCAGAGGACCCACAUGGUGGAGGAAACCUACCGGUGUGCCGAGUGCGGGAAGCAGUUCAGCCACAGCUCCUACCUCAGCUCCCACCAGAAGAUCCACACGGGGGAGAAGCCCUACAAGUGCCUGCAGUGUGGGAAGACCUUCAGCCACGGCAGGAGCCUCAGCUCACACCAGGUAAUCCACACGGGCGAGAAGCCCUACAAGUGCUCGGUUUGCCCCAAGAGCUUCAGCCACAGCAGGAGCCUCAAAGUGCACCUCCGGAUCCACACCGGGGAGAAGCCCUUCGGCUGCUCCGAGUGCGGGAGGAGCUUCAGCCAGUGCUCCAACCUUAUCAAACACCAGAGAAUCCACACGGGGGAGAAGCCGUACAAGUGUUCCCAGUGCGGGGUGUGCUUCAAUCAGAGCAUCCAGCUGAAGAGGCACCAGAUCAUCCACACGGGUCAGGAUCCCGUCUAUCAGAGCAUCCAGCUUAAACGGCACCAGAUCAUCAACACGGGGUAGGAUCCUGCGAGUCCUGAGCCCCAACCCCUUGCUUCAUUUUGGGAGAAAAGCACACGGCUCCCUCUAAUUUAUGUUGUUGAACCUCCCAGAGAACUACAGAUGAACUAAUUAAAUAAGCAGAAGUUUAGAGUUGGAAGGGACCCCAGAAAUCAU